UUGGAGGUUUGGCGUAUCGGGCUAGGAUGCAUCGCUUUUUUUGCAGAGCUGGAGCCAUCUCUAUCCGUCACUGAGCAAAACCUGGCGGACCGAGUUCGGUACAUCCUGCGCUCCAACAUAUUUGAUGACGCCGAACUCGAAGGACUACGACGUGAGGCUGUUCCCUCAUCGAAUGGAAAUGCUACGGCUGGGAAUGCGGCGCCACUAGAUGUGCAGCAAACUGCAUAUGUGGAUGCUGCCAUCAAUAUUCCAUUUGUGGUUAAUUCAGACGAUGAUGGAAUAGUCUCCCACGAACUAGAGAAAAUGAGGAGCAUAUUGGAAGUGUCGAUGCUGGAAACGCGCAGCAUGCCUCUCGAAAAUCGACCGCGACUUCCCCGCAUUGCCCUUAGCAAGCGAAAUCGGGCCGUCGUGCGGGCUCUUAACCCAAUGCUGGUGACCUAUUUGAAAGCCAGCCGGGACCUUUGCGAGACGGACUCAAUUCUUUUUGGCGCCGCACUGGCAGUAUGCCGUAUUAUUGGCGCCAAACUUCCCAUGGCUGGACGUGCUACUCAACAAAGUAGCGCCAUCCCAGCCUGGAGAAAAAGAAUCGAGGACUGUAUCACAAAGGCAAGGGCCCUUAUCGGCAGACUGACAAGCUUCAGGUUGGGUAAGAAUAGACCGAGAGUUGUGCGCACCGUUAGAAUGGCGUUUGCUGGGACAAAUAUUAGUUUGUCCCAGCCGGAUAUCACGCAGAAACUAACGGAGCGCAUAGAUGAUCUGAAGCAAAAAAUCGCUGUUUGGGGAAGCGGAUUCGACGAUUUAGCGAGAGGUCAAGGCGGUUCAACCAGAAUCAUCUCUUCCAGAGUGAUCAGAAGAAGCUCCAUAAAUCAUUGGAGCGACCAGAGGUAUGUGGAGCGGGCCCAGGACCGGAUCAGGCUGACACUGUCGCAUUUUGCCCUGGCCUGUGUUCAAAGCCCGUACACCACAGCGAGGGCCCUUGGAUGGAAGUUGUGGCGAGCCAGAGUGCAAGUGUUACGCCUAUGGACCCCGUCACCAUAA